UUCCGUCAACAAUAGUGAUUGUCAUUUUCACAUUCACAAGAACACAUCUUCAAGAAAAUCAAUAGUCAAUAGUAUAGAAUAGUCAAAACAACGUUUGUGAAUAUUGUGAGUCUAUCUAUACAAAAUAAUCUAGUUCGUAUAUAAAACUAAAAUUUAGAGGUAAUCCAUAAGUAAUGAUAUAGAAGAAAAUGAUGCAUGCCAAGGCAACAACCCAUGAACAUUGCGUUUUGCUUUAGUGUUGUCAUUAGACUAGACCUGCUUAGAGACCUAAUGUCUUCUUAGAAGACAGUGAUGUCACUGACAUUGACUGAAGAACAAUCCAUGAAGACAAAAUCUAAUGACACUAGUCUUGAUAGUAAAGAGAAUGUGGAGGAAGAUGUAAGAGAAGCAGAAUUGAUUAUCUUUGAUAACACCACAGAAGGACUUGGCCUAAAAAUUUGUGGUGGAUGCAGUGAUAAUGGCCAAGAAGUUUAUGGAAUAUUCAUAAAACGUGUUUUGCCACAUGGUCUUGCCGAAUCAACAGGUGAAGUGUUUGAUGGUGAUCUUAUUCUUGAGGUCAAUGGACAAAGCAUGCAAGGUGUUACCUAUGAAAGGGCAGUGUCAAUGCUCCGACAAGCGUCAGCUUCUAACCAUGUUGAAUUAGUGAUAACCAGAGAUGCAGAUGCGAGACGGGAGUUCACAGAAUACUUAACCAAGUUUGCUCCUAUUCCUAGCCCAUUCAUGACUGGAGAUCAUUCCAAUGGAAGUGCAAUUAUAGAAACUGGUGCUGAGAUAAAAUUAGGAUCUUCUCUAAAGGAUGUUCAUUACCAGCAAGACAAUUCAUCCUUUGAACAGCACAUAACAAUCUUUGCAGAUAACAAUGGCAAUGUGAGCCCGACUUCAAGCUGUGCAGAUGAAAUAGUCAAUCACAUGGGAGAACCAUUUAGCUCCUCCUUGCUUUUUUCAAGGCCUGUCAGUACUGCAUCCAGAAGUAAAGAAUUGAUAACAGACUCACUGGAUUCACUUCUGUCUAAGAAGCUUGCGCAAGACCCAGGAUUGAAACUUCAUAUUGAUCAGUUAGAAUCUGCAUUGACAAAUUUAGGCCUUCAGCUAACUCCGUCCAAUCUUACGUUGUUGAGGCAACACUUGAACAUUGACAUUACAGGCAUGGUACGUUUUGAAGAAUUUGUUGAGGCAGCUAAAAUAGUAUUUCAAAAUGACCUUGGUGCUCUAAAGGCCAGACUAACACCCCAGAUUCCAAGUGAAAAUACUCAGGUUAUUAAGGUGUCUGAAGAUUAUGCCAGCAUUGUAAGAGAAAGAGAUCAGUUAAGAGAAGAAAUUGCCUCUCUUAAAGAAGAGUUACAAAGCAGAAGUCAGUCUGGUCAGAAUGCAGAAGAACAAUUGUUAUUGAUUAGAAAGCAAGCACAAUCUUCUAUAGAAGAAGUGAGGUCAUUGAAAAGUAAACUUCAUCUUGCUGAACAAGCCCAGGCAAAAGCUCAGCAGACAGAAAGAGAUUAUGAGGAAGUGGUAGCCAUGUUGGAAAAUGAAGUUGGACAACUACGACUGCAGAUGUCCAAAUCAGAUGGUGUAAAUAUGCAGAAAAGACUGGCUGUCCUUGUAUGUCAGCUAAAGAAAGCUGAGUCUGGUAAGAAAACAUACGAAGUGGCAACAGAAAAACUGAUGAGAUUUGUAGAACAUUCUUUAGAAACGCUGGCAGCUGUUGAUAACUCAUCAAGAACAGCUAAUGAUGGUAACAAUGCUAAACUCAACAAGAAAAGAGCUCUCUUAACAUUGUCAAAUGAAGGGAGAGAUGUCAUCAAAACAGUUAGGUCACUCAUGGAGACAAUACCACUUCCAUUUGGUUGGGAAGAAGCCUACACUGCUGAAGGUGUCAAAUACUAUAUCAACCAUUUGAACCAAACGACAACAUGGACUCACCCUGUGUCCUGUAUGGAACACCAGACUACUUCAAAAUCUCCUGCUUUGUCCACCAAUGAUGGGAAGCAGGUAGCACCACCUGCACCCCCACCACCUGCUCAAUCAAGCCAGAUAAAUAAGCCUUCAGAAGUAGCCAAAGGUACUAAACAAGGAAAUGCCAAAAGAGUUUCUCCACCAGUUGUUAAUCAAGAGCAUACUGGAGCUCCCCAGGCUGUGUCUUGAGAUGAACCAGGUGCAUGAGCUGACUGAAUGUAAUUCAAUAUUGAAACUGGGUUAGAUAAUUCAGACUUGAGCUAACCAUUUAUAGAGUGCAAGAGAUAACAUGUUAAUGUAAUAGUUUAAUUAGGUUGAAAUUUUUAUUGUAACUAGAUUUUUUUUUUGUUAGUGGUGGCAAUUAAGUUAAAUAUUUGUAUUAGUUUAAUACAUUCAAUGACAUUAAAUAUGAUAAUGGGCGAAAAAAGUGUAAUUUUUUUUCUGGCAAGAUUAGUGUAGUUGGCUGGUUCAGAAUUUAUUUUACAUUGCAUACAUAAACAUUUAAAAUUACCAUCUCAAUUCAGGUUGUUUUUUUUUUUGGUUUCAAUGGCUCUCUCAUAUAGAUUGCUAAAAUUGAAUACUUCGAAUUUGAAGUUGUCAGGUUUUAUUAUUACAAAGUAACAUUUUAUUAUUUUAAAUAGUUUGGGUGUUGUUGUUUUUUUCCCAAAUAUCUUGGUUUAUUUCUAGUUUUACUUUUCAUUUAAAAAAUUUAUUUAAAAAAUGCUGAGAAGAAACAGUUUGUACUUCUGUCUGCAUCAAUGAGAAUUCAAAAAAUUGAGUUUCUAAAGAGAUAGCUGUCUUUUUGUUUGCCCUAAUAAACCCUUUAACUGAUGCUGCUACACUUUUAUCAGAAAAUGUUCAUUAUUAUUGAUUCUAAUUAUACUAUGUAUUCUGCUAAUCAAUGGUCUAUUAAAUUACAAUUAUAUUUGCUAUGUGAGAGAUUGCAAUCUUCCAAAAUUAAUCAACUCCUAAAAAAUACCUAAUAUAAUGUUAUAAAUGUUUUGUGGACUUUUUACACAAAACUGUUAGCUAUAUUUGAAUGGGAAAUUUUGAUCUGCUCCACGCUGAUUGUUUAUUCUGUCACUGGUUUUUAUGUUUCCUGCUUUUAUUUAGUAAAAUUUGUGCUAAAUCAGGAUCAUUAUUAUCCUAGUAGUACAAUCGCCUACCUCUUCUACUGGACUAGUGUCACUAAAUGUACAGUAUUAAAACUACUGCCGAAAGUAUUUGGUUCUAUCUUGUUUAUUGUUGAUUCGAUCUUGUUUUACUAUGCCAACAGUGUUAACAUAUAAAAGAAUCAGGAAAAAAAAGAUGUAAAAUUUUAGAGUCCAUAUAAUUGUUUGGGGGGGGGGG